UCAAUUGAUUCUCACUUGCUUCGUACGUGACUCUGGAUGUGUCUGUUUUUUUUUUUAGUUUACUCCUAGAGUGUUGAGCUUUGGAGAUGUAAAGGAAGAGUUUUUUGUCCUCUGUGCUGUUGUAAAAGACUCUUUAAUAGUUUUCUCGUGAAGAUAAAAGAAACUUAUGGAUUUUUAGAUAAAUGGCAAGUGAUUCCUCUUGAAAUUCAAUUAUGUGAAACCUUUUUCUCAACAAGUUUUGUACAAAAAGGGUCUAUAGUUUCUAUUGCCUUUGUCCGUGUGAAGUGAAAUUUCCCAGUUCAAGUGAAUAUUUUAAGGUUUUGAAAAGGAUUUCUGGUGUUGAGUGUUUAUGUAUGAAAAAAAAAAGAAAUGAGGGAAAUUUCAUGGAUUUCUUCACCGAGACAUUCAUUGACCUUCUCGCGUUGGAGGUUGAUGAAACAGUAUUGAAUUGUAUCACAUGAUUAUUAUGCAAAACAGAGCAGAAAAAUCGCAAGUGAUUCCGGUGAUUUGAUGGUGACAUAAGAACUUACAUAGAAGAAAAUUGAUUUUUGAAGAAAUUUGUGCCAAAAUCCUAGUGCAGAACAUGCACAAACAGUCCGUGUGAAUUUUCUCGGACGAUCAAUCACGAGAAGGUGUAUAUGUAUGUGAAAAGCCUGCAGAGCGUGGAAAGUGUUCUGGUGUGGCUGGUGGGAGGUCUGCGUGAGUUAUGGCAUCGACAGGGAAGUUUUAGCUCAUGUGGUGACUCCUGAUGAGGAAAAAUUAAAUAUAUGAGAGAUGGAUCCAAAUACAGCCAAGUAUCUCAUUGAUUAUCUCUAUUUCACACGAAAUGACGAACAAUUUCGCUUCUUGAAGAAAUCAAAGUGUUCCAUCUUCCGGAGUAUUGUCCUCUGCCUGUGCCUCAACUUAACUUAUGCCAAUGUAAUACGAUUUCCACGUGAACUUCAGCGCCAUGGGAGCGCCUUUCUUGUGCCUUACUUCAUCCUACUCUUCAUCAUUGGCUUGCCAAUUGUGCUCCUGGAAGUGUCACUGGGACAAUUUCUAGGUCAAGGAUCAGCUCAUACAUGGCGUGCCUCGCCAGUUUUCAAAGGUGCGAGUUUUGUAGGACGCAUUGCAUCCUGGUUGAGCACGAUCUGGACAUCAUUGCAUGCAACAGUGGCCUUCCUCUACAUUGGAAUGCUCAUCUUCAAAAAUGUGCCAUUCAACUAUUGUGCUAAUCUCAAGCGACUCGAUGAUGGUUACACAGCAGUUGGGAAGAGUGGCCAAGACUGCCUUAAGCUGACAUUUCUGGUGCCAGUGUGGGAGAAUACCUUGUACUUUGGAUUGCUCACAAUGGCCCUUAUUGUCCUGUGGAUCGUAACGAUGGUCUGCACGCAUAGCAGUAAAGUUGUCCGUCGGACAAUCUUUACAUUUGGUUUUAUUGGAUUGGGAAUUCUGCUGCUGCAAACAGGCUGGGAGAUUACUCGUUCGAUAAAUGAUCAGGAUCUGCCGACAAUGUGGCCAUUUGACGAAUCACUGCUGACUGAGAGUACAAUAUGGUUCAAUGCACUCGUACAGAUGAUUCUGUCUACGAAUAUUGGCUUCGGGGCCAUUCCUGUGCUCACAGGGAAGUAUCUGUACAAGGGAGAUGCCGUAAAGACAACCUUUGCGUAUAUUUGCUUCAACAUUUUGAUCACAAUGAUCGCAGUAACGUAUUUUGUGUUUCAAUUUCACAAUCCUUUCACCGAGACUGCAGUUCAUUUUCCAGAAUUGACAGCCCUCACGGCCAUCUAUGAUCGUGCUCAGACUGAGAGUGAUCCAACGCUUGCUAGGGUCAUUCCGGGAAUCUCAUACUUGGGAAUUAUGAUUGUAGCGGGUAUUUCCAUUGUGAUUCACAUUUAUACAGCUUCCCGGAUUCUCAGGAAGCAUCCCAAUUACACACUUGCCUUUUCGGCAGUUGUAGCAUCAAUCGUGGCACUUAUUGCGCCCCAAUUUACUGCUGCCCGGCUCUUGGACAGUCGAUUUGUGGGGGCUUUUAUCAUUUGUGCUCUGAUUGUGGACAUCCUGGCCAUUAUGUGGAUCUAUGGGGCUAAGAAUAUCUACACAGAUCUUGAAUUUUCCAUUGGGCGACCAAUUGUGAAGGUUUGGGUUGUUCUUUGGGUGAUUACGCCUAUCAUCCUGGCUGGACUUCUUGCCUGGUGGGCAGUUAUCUACAUUCCCAGUGAACUCCUGAUUGAAUUUAUGCCCAGGUGGCUGCCCAUUGUCAUAAGCUUUGGGAUAAUUGUGAUUGUGGCAUGCGUGGAGGUGUCCAAGCAGGUGGACUAUAAUUUCAUCAGUAUGAUCCGGGGGGCGGCAAAACCAUCCAAAGAUUGGGGUCCAGCUGAUCCUCUUGUGCGUCAUGCAUGGAAACAGUGGACGUCCAAGUGUGAAGACACAGGCGAGCGAGAUUUCACGCUGAGACGCCGUGGUACCAAAGAUUAUACCAAUUCCAUUAAGAGAGGUCAGUAUCCUCAUGCCAAAUACAAUGGGCAGAAUCGCAAUACCUCGACACCGGGUAGCAGUUCACCCAACUACAGUGGCUCGGUGUUUGGUGACUCAGCCAUUGAGGAGGAUAUCAGUGUGGAUAAAUUUCAGAAUUUCCGUCAAGGGACACUGGCAACAUUCCAGCAGCACGAUCAGAGUUCGUCACCAAGGACGUCAGAGGUGUCAAAUGGAGGUGCCAGGUCAGAGCUCAAUCCACGAAUUGAUCUCUCAGGCAGAUCUAGUCUCUAUGCAACAGCCAGGGCACGCGAUGACAGCAACUAUGCCUCACGCAUUGAGAUCUUGCCGCAGGAUAGGCCAAACUAUAAGAUCUCACUGGUGAGGAAUCCAAUGGCACGUGUUCAGGAUGUACCACCGCCCAAUUUCUCCCAACGACCGUCCUACCAUGACAAUUACGAUCACUUUGUCGGUGGGUACGACAAGACAGAUCACAUUUGCUGGCGAAAGUACUCUGGGAAUUCAGAAGAGUACUCCACGGAACUCUAAUUAUAGUUUCCUGGAAGCCACAAGAUGCUCAUAAUUACCAUUUACCAGCAACUAGGCCUAGUGACUAGAAAUCGAACAUGUACAUAUUUUAUAAAUAUGAAUUUCUUCAGGAGAUUAAAAUAAUCAUUUAGUUCCGAA